CCGGCGGGGCGGGGCAUUUCGGCCUCGAAGCUUUUUAUUUCCUCGGGCUUUUCCUUCCCAUCGCCCAUCGGCUCUCCAGUCAGCCCAUCAUUUUCUUUGCAAGUUCGACUUUGUCUAGUUGGGCUCAAUUCCCCAUUCGCUGCGCCCUUCUGAAGCGUUCAAUCUCCUCCUGAGAGUGUUUGUCCGCUCCUCGCGACCCUCAUUCUCCGAUAGUCUCGCGACCGUCAGCCCCGCCCUUUCGCGCCUAUUUUCACUCCUUGACCCUCACUCGCCUCGGUGAUAUCCAGAGAAGCGCUUUUAAGUGACCGACUUCCAGACGCAAAGUACAGAUCCUACAUACUCCAGCACUAUCACCACCACGAUCGGCGACACCGUGCACGGUUAAACGAAGUAAUCAUGGCUGUCCGUGCUCAAUUCGAGAACUCCAACGAUGUCGGAGUCUUCUCCCGCCUCACCAACUCAUACGCCAUUGUUGCCAUCGGCGCUUCCGAGAACUUUUACAGUGUUUUCGAGGCUGAAUUGCAGGAUGUCAUUCCCAUCUGUCAUGCUACCAUCGCUGGAACUCGUAUUGUCGGUCGUUUGACGGCAGGAAACCGCAAAGGUCUCCUUGUCCCCACCACUACCACAGACCAAGAGCUUCAGCACCUCCGGAAUACGCUGCCAGAAUCGGUAAAAAUCCAACGGAUAGAGGAGCGGCUGUCGGCCUUGGGCAACGUUAUCUGCUGCAAUGACCAUGUGGCGUUGAUUCACCCCGACUUGGAACGCGAGACUGAAGAGAUCAUUGCCGAUGUCCUCGGCGUUGAAGUCUUCCGACAAACUGUGGCCGACAACGUCUUGACCGGUUCCUACAUGGCCCUUUCCAACCAGGGCGGUAUCGUUCACCCCAAGACCUCGAUCCGCGAUCAGGACGAACUCUCUUCCCUGCUGCAGGUGCCCCUUGUCGCCGGUAGUGUCAACCGUGGUAGCCCCGUGGUUGGCGCCGGUAUGGUCGUCAACGACUGGCUGGCCGUGACGGGUCUAGACACGACGGCGACGGAGCUGAGCGUUAUCGAGAGUGUUUUCCGGUUGGGUGAGAUGGGUCCCCGGGGUGUCGGACAGGGCAAUGCCAACAAGGAGAGCAUCGUGGAGAGUUUCUACUAGAUCUGUUUCUCUCUCUCUCCCCCCCCCUAUAUCUCUCCGAUUGUCAUGUUGUUUAUGAAAUCCUUCCCAUACGCACGUUGAAAAUAUCCUUAUUGUGGCCCAUGAUGACCCCGUCGAUGCCUUUCUGAAUCCGGUGAUGUUUACUUCCAUCUGAUAAGCUGUAGGGGGGUACAAAAUAGAGACGGUGGCGGAUGAAUG